AUGCAUCACCGACUAUCAACCAUCCUCUUGCUCGCCGGCCUCGCAACCGAGCGAGCUUCGGCCGCCAUUCCCAAUCUCACGCAGUGCCAGAGUCGAUGCUUCGACCUAACGGCGCAAAUGGUCGGGUGUGGUAAGGAGGACUACGCCUGCCAAUGCCCAAUCUUCAAUGAGCAAUUCAUUCCUCAAAUGCAGUCUUGUAUGAUUGAAGGAUGCGCGUUUGAUAGCGAGCCGCUCAACACGACGCAACUUCAGAGCACCGUUUGCGCUCUGGCAGGAGGUCAGUCCCAAGCACCGACUCCGACCUCCGGGUCGCCCUCAGGUUCCGAACCCCAGCCCUCUGAAACGCCCUCAGCUACGUCUCCUGGUUCCAGCGAGUCUCCUGGUACUGAUACCCUUCCUUCUGCCCCGUCUACCUCUACUACCUCUUCCCCGGAAAGUACCUCGGACUCACACGGCGGUGGUUCAGGAUCGACGAAUUCCCCGGAGCCCAGUGGCGAAGCGGGAGCGGCAUCGGCCUUCCGAGUCUUGGACGCGGGUGUUGUCACGGGCGUCCUUGCUGUGUUGGCAGGAGCGUACUUUUUCUAA